GUAGGGCCUGUUUUAAAAAGGUCUUUGUUUAGUAAAAAUAUAGGGCUCACUGGGUAAAUGGACAAUGGUGGAAUAGUGACAGAAAACAAUACAUGUUCUGUGGCAUAAUUUAAAGGCCUACCUCAGUCAUAGAAAAUGCCUGGGGCAUUUUCCUGAAGUAACCAACCACCUGUAAUCAAUACAUAAUAGAGAAAUGUUGAGAACAUUUCUUUUCAUCUUGAAUUGAUAUAAUGAAUAAGCCCCUUGUAACCUUAUCCUGUGGCCUAAUUGUUGCUCCUCUGCUUGCAAGUGGUAAACACACAGAAGUAGUCUUUGACUGCAACUCAAUCUGAUACAUCUGGUCAGAAUCUAUAAUUAACUAGGGCAAGACCUAUUAAAGGUGAAAACACGGGAAAAAGCAGCAGUACAUAAAAGCCUAACAGCACUCUUGCUGACAAACAGUGGACACAGCUGGGGACCAAAGUCAACAAUGAAGCUCUUCAUGUAUUGUGUAGGCCUACUUCUUUCAUUUGCAACUAUGGUGGUAACAACCCCGAUCAGAGCCCAAAGAGAAAAUAUGUUAAACUUUCUAAAUGUAUAUAGAAACCCUCCAAGUAAACCUGUGAAAGAGCAAGAUUCUGAAGAUAUGUCAGAGGAAAACUCUGCAGAGAGUUUGGACGCCAAUGGAUUUACAGAUGCAUUCAAAGACCUUGACAGCCAUGAGAUCAUGAUUCCUAAAGUUGUGGAGAAAGAUAAGGCACCAUCAAGGAGGAACACAGGAGACAAUAUGGGGCCGAUGGAUAUGAGCAGCAUGCUGGUUCGGGAUCAGGGGAGCGGAGAGCACAGUGGGCCACACGGGGCACACCAAGCAAGCAGAGAGCGGACUGAUCUUAACAGUGAGGAAGAAGUGAUGGUGGUUGCUCAGGAGGCUGAAAAUGUGUCAGGAAAACAAGUUAUCCGUUCAAGCGGAGCCCAUAUGACUGACAGUGACAGUCUAGGCACCAAUGUCCAAAGAAAGGCAACACCAGGAAGAGUUAAUGGGUUCAAUGGUAUGUUGGCCCCAGGCCGAAGCAGAGAACUGCUGGAUUGGGAUAGUUUGGAGGACAACAAUGGCAGACCUGCUCCAGUGGUCAACAGAGGAGAUACAGACGAUGAUGAAACCAGAGAAUGUAUCAGCUCUGAAACUUCUCCUAUAGCACCUCCAGAGCACAAGCCCAGUAGCUUGUCUGUUCCAGCCAAGAGCCGAGCCUCCUGAUGGUCAUACGAAGAUUCUAUUUCUUCCUCAUAAUGAGUCAGGGGCUGCCAUCUGUUGAGUCAUAGGAGGCAGACAGGCUGUUUCCAAAUACAGUUGCUUCUGGGACUUUUUUAUCCAAAUUUAGAUUUUUACUUUUUUGUUAUGUGUUCAUGUGAACAAAUUUAAGAAAUGAAGAGGUUUUGACAAUUUUGAGUUAGGCUUACUCACGGACACUGGUUAAACAGAGUAAGCUGCUACUGCGUGAUAUUUGGUACGAAGAUUGUGGUGUCAAAAAUGUCAGACACUGAAAUCAGAAAUGAACUGUUUUUGAUGAUUUAGAACAGAAUCUAUCUGAGCCUGAAAUGUGUCGCUUUUAUCUCAAUAUCUGAAGUCUUUGUAUACCAUAUAUAGUCACUGUAAUGUGAAAAUGUGUAAGUAAUCUCCUGAAAGAGAAGAAAUAAAAUGUAAAGAAUG